CUGGCAUCGGCCACGAAGUCUUCAGCUGGGAAGAGUGUGAACGACAAAAAAGCGCCGAGGGGAAAGCUUCAGUAUGUGCCGGGGGCCUACCCCUACGCGGAUUAUGGGCGGUUUCUGAAGAAAACGCAUCCGGAUCUGAAAGCCUACGGGAAGGAAGUGCGAGAAAAGGUGUGGAGAGAGGUAGAACGCGACAUGUACAGCACCGGAGCUGCAUCAAGCAGGAGGGGCGCGACGAGCAGUUCCGUUUUGGCGCUCGAGGAUGGCGGUAGCCGCACCGCUGGCGUUAAUCGCAGCCUGGCGACUGAUGUGCUGGAGCCAGCGGCAGGGACGGGAUCGUCGUCGUUUUCAGCGCCAGCGCCUCCAGCAGUUGGUUCUAGUACAACCGCCUACGACGAUCAUGAGCUUGAAAGUGCGAAUUUCAGCUAUCCAGAGAUACUCAAUAAUGGAGCCAAAAUCAUGAAGCAGGACGGCGCGAGCGGCGACGGUCUUUGCCCUCAUCUUUCAGGGACGACGACACGACCAGACGAGCCGACGAGUGCGGACAAGGAAGGCAUGCUGCGAGAAGCGGACGAAAUGCUCAUCUCUGCGGUCUUGACGCACUUGUCGUGCAAGACGCUGGACCGAAACUGGACCGUCGACGAAGAAAUCGUGGGCUUUCAAGAACGCCUCAAGAACCGACGAGAGCUGAAGUUGCCUAAAGAUGAGGACCACGCAGGACUUUUUUCACAACAGCAUGCGGCCGAGCCGGAAGAACAGCGAAACUUGUACACGAAGCCACACACUGGCUUCUUUGGCUGCAGCGACGAGGAGGCAAUGAAAAAAGGCAAAAGUUAUCUACCGCGUAAUAAAGUGACGUGUCUGUCAAGCGCUAAACCACUAGACUUUGGUCAGUGGCAGAAGACGUACCAGCGAUUUUGCCGGACACCGUGGCAAUACGACAACUUGAUCUCCGACGUGGACAAUUUUCACCAAUUUUUGGAGGAAUUGCAGGUGAAUAGCAAGUCCUGUUUCACACCAAAGACCGCUGCCGACAUGGAAAAGUUGCUGCGAAGCUGCUACGUCGGCUGUCAGCAGAAUUUGGAUCACGUGAUCGCGAGAAACUUUCUCAAUCAGGCGGAGAAGAAUAAUAUCUGCAGAAGUUCCGCCGCCCUGGGUGGUCAGACGAGCAAAAUUUGCCGAACAGAAUCUGAAGAGAUGUUGAUCAAAAACAGUGGCGGCACUGCUGGCGGUACUAGUUCCUUCUCCUCCUCCUCAACCUCGAGUGCAGGAGUCACGAAGACUCCCCGCAUUCCUCCGCUACUCCCUGACUACGACAGAAAGGAAAAUGUCUUUGGUCCGAGCGCCAUUGACUGGCAGCAUGUCGCGGACAUGGUGAACCACAUGUCGGGUGCAGAAGGCGAACACCCUUCCAGCGGUGCUGUUGUGGACGAGGAGAUGAGGAGUAGGUCGACUUUCGAAUGCGAGGACAAGCAUAGCGCUGUUGAUAUAAUUGAAGGCAACACGAUUUCUUUUACAAAUACAACUACCCCCCGACAUCAAGCCCCCGAAGGGUCGUGUGGAAGUGCGUCGUCUAGUACUUGGAUUACAAUUUUCACGAAACGGCGGCGCCGCAUUCCUCUGCAUUCUUCCGGUCGUACAGCUGCGGACGAAAACGAGAAGAGCCAGCAUGGAAACAAAGAGUCAAGGAAAGCAAAGGGUCAGUCAAAGAACCAGCAGGCCUCCUCCUGCUACGACUCCUGGAGCAGCGAGGAGUUUGACUUCGAAGAUCUACUAGAGCAACCAACAGCGGCAGCACAUUCAAAUAAAGAGGGCCUAGACUACAACUUUAUGCAGGAGUCAACGGCCGAGGACGAGGACCAGGAAGAGUGUGCGGACGUGGACUUUUUUCCACCACGCAUGGUAACGCCCCAGGAAUGCCGCGCGCGGUGGGACACGGUUCUGGAAUUUUCGCUUGCAGGAAGCGUGGAGCGAAGCCGCGAGGUGGAACACGCGGACGAACUUGGCGGAGCUAGUCGUGCUUCCAGUCGGAAAAAUAGCUACUCUUAUCUUGCGGAGGUCGAACCGGGGGGAGAGACGACGUCUACGUUUUCCACUCGCGGCUCUUGGCUGGCAUUCACACCAAAGGAGGACGCGCUGCUCAUAAAGCUCUGCCUACAACGGGCGGAUGAUCUUUUGAAAAAGGAGCUAGUUGCGCUGGAUCAUGCCAAUGCCGCCGUCGCCGGGGAGCAGACGGAAGUGGACUCAUUACAACUACCCAAUACGUUCUCAACCCGACAGCAGCUGCCCAAUAAUUAUACCAGCUCAGCAAGCUCCUCAACCAGGACACCACCAUCCCAUCCUCCAGAUAGGCGCCUCACAAGUGAUCACCGCGACGAGGAUCUAUUACGUACCUUGGUGAAGACCAUUCGAGCCUUCGAGCCGGAAAGCUGGAUUGCUGUGAUGUUUUCCUUCCAUGAAAAGUUAGAGCAGCGGAACAGGAAGAAACACAAGAAACUGUAUAGGGAUCUAGCGAAGAAGUUGAAAAAGUUAAAAAUGCUAAACAGCAAUGGCAUAACCCUCGGAGCCCAAUCAAUGACAGUGCCGAGAAAGAACAAUAAGUCAGGUCCUGUCGUUGGCGGAGUGAAGAAGACGACGAAGAGUUGUACGACGAAAAAUAAGAAAAAUGUGAAGAAGGAGGUGCAGAAGCAGAAGCAUAGACUAAGCACUACUACGACUAGCCAAGAAGCAGUGCGACCCGAAAGCAGAAGACCGCCACCGGCUCUACUCGAGCGAAAGGUGCAGCAACUCAUGGCAGAGUUUGAGGAGCAAGUUACCCCCUUGCUGGAAUUCCGGCAGCGACCGUGGGUGGUACUGCAUGACCGGGUGGCGUUUUUACUGGCCAAUGCGGAUCGUGGUGGACACCUUCAUUUCCCUGCGGACGCCGGCACGGCUGCGAAACUAGCGCCGGCACGCGUUCUUCUACCAGUCGAAUCCUCCGCGGGAAAUGCCAUAAACAUCGACGGGAAGAUGAACAAGGAUUCAUCCGCCAAGCAGCAGGCGUCUGAUUCACCGCUGCUCAAAUCAAGAUUCGCAGCGAGCUCAAAAAGCAGCGCAGCGACGGACGAUGAAGUAAACGGGAUAUUACUAGAGCCCCCGACGGGGAACAAACAGAAGCAACACCAAGGAAAAAUUCUCCGUCCGGAGGAUGAUGAUUUAUGGUUGCCGUCGGAAAAGAACAAGAUGGAUUCGGCUUCUCGGGCGCAGCAGCCCGCUUUUGACAAAGGGAUAGAAGUUGCGUGGCAAGAAGGUGGAACAAGUAGUACAAGUGUCAACUACGCUCCUUCAUCCGGACCGCAUGUACAACUUGUUGGCAGAACAAAGAACGAACUGUUUCUUGAACGCCUCUACCGCCACGCAGAGGAGACCGUGCACGAGGUGUACCGGUCGCAGAAGGCCUGCGCCAACACGGAGCGGCAGCCCAGCUUCAAGCAGAUUACCAACAUGAUGUACAAGCUGCACGAGGAUUUCUUCCUGACCAGCACCCUGCUCCGGCUUAACAACCGCAUCCUUCUACGCGACCGGAUACGCAGCCUACUCGACGGGACUACUAGCACGGGAGCUUCACCCGGACCGGCGGAGGAGAGCUGCGACGUCGUAGUCGCACAGGACAAGAGUCGUGAGCGGGAGGAAGGGCUGGAAAUGGUUCUGGAUGAAGAGGACGAUCUUCUGAACGAAAAGGUCCUCGUCGCGGGGGCAUCUUCACUGUUGUCCUCGUCUACCUCCGCGAUUCAGAACAAUGUCAAAUCUACGACAGCAGGAGCGGUAGAACUACGAGCCAACACAACAGGUGCCGGAGCAACACUACUAGUACCACCGCGGUCCACCUCUCGAUCAUCGUUGCAGAAAAAGUACUCAUCUAAAAAGAAAAAGAAGGCGAAGCGGCCCGUCCGCUGGACGGCGGCGGAGCGGCUGCAGUUGGAGACACUCUGCAACACGGAAGUCUACGUGCACAAGAAUGCCACUAAGACGCCGAUGUGGGCGGAAAUCGCCCGGGAAAUCGGAAACGGAAAAACGGGCACCAACUGCCGCGACCACUACCGCGCUGUCACCAUGUUUGCGGCGACCUCAGGAUUUGCUGAUGGCGAGGAUAAUAAAGGAAAGAAGCCCUGGACCGCCUCAGAGGACAAAAAGAUUAUCGAGUUCGGUAGCACGCCCGCAUUGUCCACCGCGACUUCUUGGGAAGCAUUGGGCAGAGAGUUGAACAGAAAGAGCGCGCUGCUGCGCUACCGAUGGAAAGUGUUGGCUGCCGGUAAAGGAAAUAAACCGAAAAAGGCAAUAAAGAGGAACAGCGAAGUGAAGAAAAGUAAAGUGGUGGUGGCGAAAUCAAAAAAGAAAAAGGUCCAGCCGGGGGACACCAGCGAGAAAAAAACUGUUGUUCAACUACACAAGCGGGACGUCGAAAAUGCUGACAAGAAAGACGAGAAGAAGCUUCUCGCGCCGGCCGAGAAUGAAUCAACAUCACAUGAUGCGGCGAGUGCGGUCCACCCGAUGAAGCGCGCGCGCGGCCGACCGAUGAAAGUCGUCUCGGUGAUCAAGCGCACUGCGAAGGGGCGCCCGCCUGGGUCAAAGAACAAGAAACCCGCGGUGUCGCACCUGAACAAAGGCAAGAACCCACCGGGGAGGCCGAAGGGGGCAAAGGACAAGAAAGCGCGAAAGCCAAGGGGAACGUAAGUGGAGCUGGGAAAGGGGACGGCGCCUUGGAGCAGUGCGAAAAAAAUACAUCCUCAAAAAAAAGCCAUAGAAAGGUUCUGAUCGGAAAGUUUCUCUCGGAAUAGUGCAGCGAGCAUGGACAACAGAGCAAUAGCAUGUACAACGAGAAAUUAUGCAGCUUCUUGUUUCAUCUACCAAGACAUGGCUGAAGUUCAUGAGCGUGCUUCCAAGAAAGUGAGACUCAGCGGCAGUUGCACUAAGUGCUCUUUCUCAACACUGCCUCUAUCAUCUCUACAGCGACACUCAUGACUUGAUGACAGGAGUUUCUGGCGACUUUAAAAGACCUGCGCAAUUGAAGUCCCAUAAGAGGAUAAAGCAGCGUCAAACUGCUAUAGCGACAUCGAAUAGUACCCAUUGCUGAAGAGCACUGUGGAAGCUCGGG